AUAGAAUCGUUGCAAUCAGUGUAGUGAAGAAGACAGUGAGUGAGAGUGGUAGUUGAGAAUGGUAAAGAAGGAGCAGUUCCUCAGGCAAAAUGGCCACAACGAAAACGGUUCUGUCUCGCGUAGUGACUUCCCUCCGGACUUCGUCUUCGGAGUCGCCACGUCCGCAUAUCAGAUAGAAGGUGCUUGCAAGGAGGGUGGUAGAGGUCCUAGCAUAUGGGAUGCCUUUUCACACACUGAAGGAAAAGUUAUUGACAAAAGCAAUGGUGAUGUAGCAGUUGAUCAUUAUCAUCGGUACAUGGAAGAUGUUCAACUUAUAGCCAAGUUGGGAUUUGAUGCUUAUAGAUUUUCAAUUUCAUGGUCUCGUAUUUUCCCUGAUGGCUUAGGAACCAAAGUCAAUGACGAAGGGAUAUCUUUUUAUAACAACAUUAUUAAUGCUCUUCUUCAAAGAGGUAUACAACCUUAUGUAACUUUGUACCAUUGGGAUCUUCCACAGCAUCUUCAUGAGUCAAUGGGAGGGUGGUUGAAUAAACAAAUAAUAGAGUACUUCGCAAUCUAUGCAGAUACUUGCUUUGCAAGUUUUGGUGAUAGAGUCAAGAACUGGAUUACUAUCAAUGAGCCCCUUCAAACUGCAGUCAAUGGGUAUGAUGUUGGAAUUUUUGCUCCUGGAAGACAUGAAAAUGCUUUUCUAGAGCCAUAUUUGGCAGCACAUCAUCAAAUUUUGGCCCAUGCAGCAGCUGUUUCCAUAUACCGAAACAAGUACAAGGAUAAGCAAGGGGGACAAGUGGGCUUGGUGGUAGACUGUGAAUGGGCAGAGCCUAAUUCUGAUAAGAUUGAAGAUAAAUCUGCUGCUGCAAGGCGCCUGGAUUUUCAGAUUGGCUGGUUUUUGGAUCCACUGUAUUAUGGAGACUAUCCUGAAGUCAUGCGUGAACGACUUGGAGACCGGCUUCCCCAAUUCUCAAAGGAGGAUAAGAAACUUAUUUUGAACGCAUUGGACUUUAUUGGUCUAAAUCACUACACAUCAAGGUUUAUUUCUCAUGUGACAGAAUGCAAUGUAGAAAACUAUUACUACAAGAUGCAGGAGAUGGAGAGAAUUGUGGAAUGGGAAGGUGGCGAGACUAUAGGUGAGAAGGCGGCAUCAGAGUGGCUUUAUGUUGUUCCUUGGGGUCUACGGAAGGUUCUCAAUUACGUAUCACAAAAAUAUGCUACCCCAAUAUUUGUCACAGAGAAUGGUAUGGAUGAUGAAGAUGAUAACUUACCACUACAUGAGAUGCUAGAUGACAAACUUAGAGUUCGCUAUUUUAAGGGAUAUGUUGCAUCAGUUGCUCAGGCUAUAAAGGAUGGAGCAGAUGUGAGGGGAUACUUUGCAUGGUCAUUACUGGACAACUUUGAAUGGGCUCAAGGUUAUACCAAACGCUUUGGAUUGGUCUAUGUGGAUUAUAAAAAUGGGCUCACUAGGCACCCAAAGUCUUCUGCGUAUUGGUUUUCACGGUUUCUGAAAGCUGGUGAAAACAAGAACGGUAAAGAAGAGUAGUUGAUUUUCUUCAUUAUGUGUUGUACCAGAUACAAGGAAUAAAUUAAAAUAUGAGCAGAAUUUCUUGGAAGAUUUGUAUAGGCUGUAAUGCUAUUUAUCUACAUUUUUCUGACUAUCAAUUCUUAUUCUCUAAAUGCCUGAAAACAGUAUUAUGUUCAU